AGCAAUAUAAUUCAACAGGCGUGAAUCAUAAAGAGAAAUCCACCCCCAUCUAUCACCUUCUUUCUUCUCGUUUAUUACUUCUUGCUUAACCUAAAACAAUCAACAACAGAGUCACUCGUAUCAGCUUCACAAUUAGCAAAGAUGGUUUGUUUGGCAUGUUUGUUGCCUCUUUUCCUGAUCCCGGUUGUUAACGCUCUUCCUCUGUUGUUUCAUAUACUCAUGGCGAGAGUUUAUCGAUUACUUGGAUGGGAGUAUAGGAAACCUGAAAGGGUUCCUCCAGCAUGCCCUUACAAACCAGGGAUGGUCACCAAAAGUAAUAGUUCUGAGGGGAAUGUAGAGGCUGAAUCUUCAAUGAAGGAUUUAAAUUCAAAACCAGCUGAACUGGACAGUCGAAAGAAUGAUUAAACUUGAUUGUAUUUACUGGCACUUCUCAUCUGAGUUUUUAAUCUCAUUGUGAAUGUAUGUAAUCUUUCUUGAUUGCGGAUCAGACAAGAAACUAAAGGAAAAACAAACGUUGUAUUGCGAUCACUAUACGCCUUAUAGCAAUCAAUUUCUGCGUGAA